AUGGCAGGCGCCGGCCCGAAGCGGCGCGCGUCCGCGGCGGCCGCGGCGGCGGAGGAGGAGGAGCGGCAGGCGCGGGAGCGGAUGCUGGCGACGCGGCGCGCGGACGGCGCGGAGGGCGUGACCCUGCAGCGGAGCAUCACGCUCUUCAACGGCGUGGCCAUCAUCGUGGGCACCAUCAUCGGCUCGGGCAUCUUCGUGACGCCCACCGGCGUGCUCAAGGAGGCGGGCUCGCCGGGGCUGGCGCUGGUGGUGUGGGCCGUGUGCGGGGUCUUCUCCAUCGUGGGCGCGCUCUGCUACGCGGAGCUGGGCACCACCAUCACCAAGUCGGGCGGCGACUACGCCUACAUGCUCGAGGUGUACGGCUCGCUGCCCGCCUUCCUCAAGCUCUGGAUCGAGCUGCUCAUCAUCCGGCCGUCCUCGCAGUACAUCGUGGCGCUCGUCUUCGCCACGUACCUGCUCAAGCCGCUCUUCCCCACUUGCCCGGUGCCCGAGGAGGCCGCCAAGCUCGUGGCCUGCCUCUGCGUGCUGCUGCUCACGGCCGUGAACUGCUACAGCGUGAAGGCCGCCACCCGGGUCCAGGAUGCCUUCGCCGCGGCCAAGCUCCUGGCGCUGGCCUUGAUCAUUCUGCUGGGCUUCAUCCAGAUCGGGAAGGGUGACAUGUCCAAUCUGGAUCCCAAGUUCUCGUUUGAGGGCACCAAGCUGGACGUGGGGAACAUCGUGCUGGCGUUGUACAGUGGCCUCUUUGCCUACGGGGGAUGGAAUUACUUGAAUUUUGUCACAGAGGAGAUGAUCAAUCCCUACAGAAACCUGCCCCUGGCCAUCAUCAUCUCCCUCCCCAUCGUCACCCUGGUGUACGUGCUGACGAACCUGGCCUACUUCACCACACUGUCCACAGAGCAGAUGCUGACGUCGGAGGCUGUGGCCGUGGACUUCGGGACUUACCACCUGGGCGUCAUGUCCUGGAUCAUCCCCGUCUUUGUGGGCCUGUCCUGCUUCGGCUCCGUCAAUGGGUCCCUCUUCACGUCCUCUCGGCUGUUCUUCGUGGGAGCCAGGGAGGGCCACCUGCCCUCCGUCCUCUCCAUGAUCCACCCCCAGCUCCUGACGCCCAUGCCGUCCCUCGUCUUCACGUGCAUCAUGACGCUGCUGUACGCCUUCUCCAGAGACAUCUUCUCCGUCAUCAACUUCUUCAGCUUCUUCAACUGGCUCUGCGUGGCCCUGGCCAUCGCCGGGAUGCUAUGGCUCCGCUACCGGAAGCCUGAGCUGGAGCGGCCCAUCAAGGUGAACCUGGCCCUCCCGGUGUUCUUCAUCCUGGCCUGCCUCUUCCUGAUCGCGGUCUCCUUCUGGAAGACCCCCGUGGAGUGUGGCAUCGGCUUCACCAUAAUCCUCAGCGGCCUCCCUGUCUACUUCUUCGGGGUCUGGUGGAAAAACAAGCCCAAGUGGCUUGUCCAUGGCAUCUUCUCCGCGACAGUCCUCUGCCAGAAGCUCAUGCGGGUGGUGCCCCAGGAGACGUAAGCCAGAAGGACCUAGAAGCUGCCGGAAAGAAAACGCACGAAGAUGGUGUUGGAGCAUCUCACCCCUUGAACAGCGACUCUGGUCCCGUCAUCCAGGCAGCUCAGCUGAGUGCCCCACGCUGCCCCUCCACCGGGUCGCGGGCUGGGGCCCCAGUGCAGACUGGUACGACUUUAGUCCCAGAAAGCGAACUUUCGUCUUCACUUCCACGAGCGUAGCGCCAAGAAGAGGCCGGGCCCCUGCCCCACCACGGGCUGUUUGUCCGCUGGGGCCUUGUCCUUUCAGCCUUUGUUUAUUUGUAUUAAUUUUUUAACUUAAAUUUGGGGUCAAGUUGACACCACCAAGAUGAUUAUUUUCUAAAGAAAUGAGGGGAAUGGUGAGAGUUUUGCCCUCCGGCCCCUGCGGCUUGACUUGCCUGCGAGGGCCCCGCGCGUGCGGUGGGCUGCGGUGCCCGGCCCAGCACAGCUUCCAGGAAGGGGGGAUCCUGAGUCCGCAGCACUCCAGGCCCAGGAGCAGAGCCACCGAGACUCGGGCCUCACUGUGCAGACCUCCGAGUGGCACUGACCGACGGCAGCCCAGACCGCACGCUCGGCUUUCUUUUGUUGUUGUUGUUGUAGACGUAGUGACUUUAGCAAAAACUAAUCUCGGGACUUAGUCUCUUUGCCUUAAAGAUCCAAGGGUGGAUCCCUCCCCGACCCCCAGAAGAGAAAAGAGAAGGUCACUCGAACAGCUGCCUUCCGAGAGUAACCCCAGCCCCGGCUCAGCGGAAGGCAGGUUCCUGCACCUGGUGUCUGCUGCUGGUGGGGGCCCCGGGCAGAGGUCACGGGCGCCCGGACAAUCCCGAGCUCCCACCCGUGUGCGCCGCCUGGGACGGCAGAGCAGGGCCAGCAUCUGGGCUAGACCCAGUCACCCGGGACACCCUGGGCUUCCGGCUCCGUACGUCCCGCCCUGGACACCCCCGUGAGCUGAGGCAUAACACGGGAUGACCCUGGGCUGUUCCAUAUCCGGUACCGGGACUGAACGAGAGGUUUUCCGGGCAAAGACUCGCCCUGGAAAUCUAGAAGUGGCCAGGCAGGAACGGCAGACACCAUGAUGGGAACGCUGAAGGGCUCUCUAGCCGGGUAGUCCCUCAAGACAGUCUCCUCCCAAGGCCUGAAGAACCAACCCCAGGAAGGCUCCUGCAGCUGGCUGGGGCUCCUGGCGCGGGAGCCCCCCACUCCCCCCUGCAUGGCCCUUCCCAGGCCAGACUCCACUGCUGCGAAGCUGCUGUCGCUGCACCUGCUCCCGGGGCUGCCCUGCCUCCUUGGGCUUUUGUCUUUGUGGUGCCCAUGGUGCUUUCCAGGGGCGGCCGCUGGGGCCAGUGCGGGCUGUAGCCCAAGAUGCCGCUUCAGCCCCCUAGGGCCGCAUGAGCUUGGCGUGGUCAGCCUGCCGCCAUCUGUCUGGGCUCCAGGACCCAGAGCAGCCUGAGCCGCCCGGGAGGCCGAGAAGUCAGCCUGUUGUCCACCUGUCCUGCUUUGUGCCCGAGCACAGUGCUGGCUCUGGGCGGGGUGCAGGGAGCCCAUAGGGGCCUUCCCGGGGUGGCCUGCAGGUGGGUGUGGGGAAUCGGGGCAUGGUUGCCCCUGCCCCUGGGGGACCCGCCUGCCCUCAGACACCAGGUGGUGCUUCCACGGCGGCCUUGGGCCGAGGCAGAAACUCCACUCCUCCUGUCCCCUUUCUACUGACAGGCGUCCCGGGCACGUGUAUCUGUCCAGCUUCGUUUUUUUUCCUUGUAAAGCAAACCCUGCCGUAAGCAGCAAGUGUUUGUCCGUGGUCCUGCUGUUUUCUUCUGUCCUGAUGUGUCACUAACUUAAAGGAUGCUGUGGCACCUUGUGUAUCUCUCUGUGGGGCUGAGGACCAACCCUGCCGCACGGCGUUCCCGCUGUCCUGGCGGCCACGUCAGCCCGGCCGGGACACCUGCUGCAGAUCGGCGUGUGUGGCUAACGUCCCUUUUCCCGUCGGUGGCUAACCUUUUGCACUUGGUGGGGAGUUCUAGAGAUUUUGUGUGUGGGGUUUUUCGUUGGUUUUUGAAGAAAAACGAUCAGAAUCUUAA